CAGACACCCUACCAUCAUGUACAAGCUGGUGAUCCUUCUGUGCGCCGUGGCCGCCGCCCACGCCGGCUACCUGGGAGGCUACGCCGCCCCCGCUGUCGCCGUGGUGCCUGCCGUGGCUGCCCCCGCCUUCGCUGUGGCACACGCCCCCGUGGCCGUGGCGCCCGCUGCCUCCUCCAUCGCCAACACGUACAGGAUCUCACAGACCGCCCGCGUCCUGGCCGCCCCCGCCGUCGCUGCCGCCCCCGUGGCCUACGCCGCCCCCGUGGCCUACGCCGCCCCCGCCGUCCACGCCCCUCUGGCCUACGCCGCCCCUGCUGUCGCUGCUCCUCUGCUGAAGGUCCACUGA